UGGAAUUCGAGGCGCACUGUGAAGGCAGGGAUCGCGGCUGCAGCUCGAAAUGCGGAAAAUAGAUCCGGCGACCCUCGAGCAAUAAUGGUUGAUGCUAGCAGCUCCUCCUGUCAAAAUCUGACACAUUGCCAUCAUGCUGUCUGCCGCCAAAAUGCAGGUGCGUCAAACAAACGACUCCAGCAAACUCACUUGAGACGGCCGUUCAGUCCAAUCCCACGGCUUGCAGAAGAAGCAAACAGAUUUGCCCCAGCCCGGCAGGUCAGGCGGGGUCUCCCGUUGGUGGGUUUGCGGAGCCGAACUGCGGCCCUCUGUUUCAGCUUCCCCGACCGGAGGGGUGGAUUGGCCCCCCCCCCCCCUCCAAAAAGAUCGUCAAAUAUCAAGUUCGCGGCUGCAAGUCGGGACCUAUCAAGGCUCUGGCUACCGUCCACCCACGGCCCAGCGUUCUGGUCGAUGGGUGAGCGAAGCUUCGCUUGUCGCACAAACCAAGACACGGUCUGAGCUCUUCUCUCGGGUCCGUAAGACGGGCCCAUCCCCCCUCCCCCGCUUUGGAGGAGCAGAGUGGGGAGACCUUCUAACAACCUGAUGAAACAUUUAAAGUUGGG